AUGGCACCGAAGAACGAUCCCCAGACGACUGAAAAGUCUAUGAAAACUGGGAAAAGUGAACUCGAGACGCACCCGGAAUCGGUGAGUGACUCGACAAAAGGGAGGCUGGACGGAAUAUGGCCAGGGAGGGGUGAUGACGCGUCUGGAUCAAGUGUCGUUAGGAACUUGGGGCUAGACCCUAUGGGGAAUAACGAGCAGAGGAGUGAUGACGGGAAUCUCUCAGAAGAAGAGACGAAGUCAGAGCUCGAAAAGCGGAGAGUGGCUCCAAACAGUAAGGAGGGGAAGUUACCACUCCCGAAAGAGCCAUUUACGCUGGGGAAAGAGAGAUUCUAUACCUCAGCGGGGACACCUAAUGAAAAAAGCGAAGAGACCGCAAACCAGACUGCACUGAAAGUUCUCCUGGAACAAACGAAGGCCUUUGAAGAGCAGAUAAAAGCCGCCGAGACGCAGGAUCAGGUGGCACCCCUUCGCAAGGGAGGAAGACCAGCAGGAAGCAAGAAUAGUGGUAGAAGCAGCAGAAAUGCUAGCGGCACCACGACACCUACAGGAGACAUACCUGGGGUGACGGUGACAGAGGCGACCCCUACCGAAGCUGACCUGCUGGCCAGGCUCCUGAAACGAGGAUUCCUCAGGAACAAUUCCGCGAGAGAACCAGAGAGGAAACCGCACGGCAAUCCAUCCCACCGAGGAAGUUGUCAUUCGCGGAGAAGAGGCACUCCACGACCCAAAGGAGUCAUCGAUCAUCGAUCCUCCUCAGACGAGAGCAACGACGCCGUGAAGACCCUCCGUAUCCGAGAAACUGACCUUCUCGGAGUUCUGAAAGGUUGUCUGACAGGCAGUGCACUCACCUGGUAUCGCCAGGUAGAAGUUUAUUCAUGGGAGGAUGCGUACCACGCAUUCAGAGAGAACUUUGGGGAGCUAGACUAUCAAGUCGCGCUCCACGAAGAAAUAGCAAGCCGUCGUCAAGGCGAAGAUGAACCCGUGGCUCAAUUCGUAGCCAACUUGAAGAGUCUCUUUGCCAGAACGGAUCCAGAAUGGCCUGAACAGCAGAAACUAACGUAUAUGUACUACAAUACGUUAUCUAAGUACAGGAUAGGUUUCAACCUCAUUGCGAACGUGACAUUGAAGGCGUUAGAGAAGCACGCCAUGCGACAAGAAACUUUGUACGCAAGUGCGGAAAAGUGGCAACCACCAAGGCAGCCAGAAGAAUCCCUGUGCCCUAGCUUCGCUUAUCGAAGCACCGAGGCCCAGAGGACCACUCAGAGGACAGCCCUAAAGGCACUGACCCCAGCAGAGGAACCAGAGUCUACGGGAAGAGAUCAUGAAGAAAGUAUAUUCUUCGAGGAGUUAGAAGUGGAACACGCCUUGCAAGGACGUGGUGCCCCUUCAGGGAGCGGUGGAGGUACUGGCUACGUCAGACCUGGCGCCAGACGUGCAAACCCACAGGGCAUUAAGUGUUUCAACUGUGACCAGAGAGGACACUCCUGGCGCAUUUGCACGGGCCAGCAAGAACGUGCACUUCCCACAGUGCCCGAAGAGCAACCCGGGAAACGCCGAGCCGGCAGCGUAAAUGAUACACCAACGUCUACGCCGCCGCAAAACUCGGAAAUCGCGGUCGUAAGGGAGAUAACAAUCCCAGAGAUUAAAGAGUCCAUCCCAGAAGCCAGGACGGAAACAAUCUCAGCGGAAAGCGAUGGCCCUGACGUUGAAAGAACUGAGGGAGGGGAAGAAAGAAGCCCUGACACAGUGACGCAAGAAUCCGAAGAUGGAAGUAGGAGUGAUACACUCACUCUAGAAUCAAUGAUGGAUCCCUUGAAAUUAGUUUCGCCAGAAAUGGACUUUAAUUUGGAGUUUGUGAGGCGGGCAAUGAAAGAAGAUUUCUUCGAUCAGUCCUGGUUCUUCAGAGAUAAAUCUGAAGAAUAUUUCAAGUUUGCAGCAGUCGAGAGGGCCUGCCAUAUAACAGUGUGCAAUUGUCUAAAGACGCCUGGAGAAGAGCAACAUAGCCAACUCCAACAGCUCCUGAAUGAAAAGAUUCCAAUGAUAGAAGGGAGUCUCCCGAUUUCCAAACUAGCACCCCACAAAAGCGAUGUUGAAGGCCACGAGCCGAUUCGACAAAGGGUCAGAUUAGCCUCCCAUCAUUUGAAAUUAACGAUGUUGAAAGAAGUUGAUGAUAUGCUAAAAGAUGGCAUCAUCAAACCAUCAGCAAGCGACUGGAACAGCCCGGUCGUCAUGGUGAAGAAACCCAGCGGGAAGUAUCGAUUUUGUAUCGACUUCCGUCGGGUAAAUGGAGUCACGAAGAAGAAUAGAUAUCCGGUAGCAAACAUGACCGACAUCCUUGACGAGUUAAGACAAGCCAAUUACAUCUCAACGCUCGAUCUGAGCGCGGCGUAUUGGCAGAUUCCGUUAGCAGAGGACACGUAA